UGGCUGAGGAGGUCAACAGUAACCAUCUAAGCAUGUGGCAAAAUCGCUUUCGUCUCCUCUCUCCUACUAGGAAAUAUUGCUGUCAAUUUUCUCGGAAUAUUGUCACUGCAGAACAAGUGAGAACAUUUCAGGAUCAGGGUGUUAUCUGCAUUCGAGGUGUUUUCGGAGAAUGGAUCAAAAGGUUGACGAAAGGCAUCGAGAGGAACUUGGCGAAUCCUGGAAAAUUAAGCGAGUGGCUCAAAAGUGAAAACUCAGAGACGUACUAUUUUAAUGAUUUAUUGAACUGGCAACAAAUUCCAGAGUUUAAGGAGUUUGUGUUUGAAUCACCAGCCGCAGAAAUAGCGGGAAAGUUAAUGGAUGCACAGUUCACUGUAUUUUAUCAUGAGCAUGUUUUCACAAAAGAUCCUGGAACAACUUCCACCACUCCAUGGCAUCAUGACCAGUCUUAUUUCCCAGUGGACGGGUGGAAGAACUGUUCUUUUUGGAUUCCCGUUACUCCUGUAUCAAAAUCAUCAAAUUUGACUUACAUUGGUGGAUCCCACAAGUGGGGAAAAUGGUUUAAACCUAAGAAGUUUGCAUCCUUACAGAAUUACAAAUACACAAAGACAUAUAAUGAAAAGGUUUUUGAAGACAUCCCUGAUAUUGACAGCCAUCCAGAUGCAUACAACUUGCUUUCCUGGGACCUUAAGCCUGGAGAUUGCUUAGCAUUCCACUUUCGAAUCCUACAUGGUGCAAAGCAGAGCACAGACCCAGAUGGAAGGAAAGUGGUUGUCAUGCGCUGGCUAGGAGAAGAUGCAACAUUUGCGGAAAGACCAUGGGAACCUUAUUACAGUGGAGGAUUAAAACCAGGCGAUCACAUUUAUAAAAGUGAAUCUUUUCCAGUUGUUUGGAGAUCAGAAAAAGCAAAUUUAGUUACUUAACAAAAACUGUCAUGGUUGUCUGGGGGAUCCUGAUUGAACAAUGUUGAUGACAGAAAACAUCCUGGUCAGUCAACUCUUUGACCCUUGCGUGACUAGCAUCUGAUUUGUCUCUUCCACAUCACCUCUGUAUCACACAUUAACCCUUUAACCCUUAAAGAGUGAUUAGCAACUAAUUUCUCUUAUCAGUAUCACCCCUAAAACAAACUUUAGGGUCAUGAGAAUGAAGAAAAUGAUCACCAACCGAAGAAAUUCUUGAUUCUUAAACAUAAAAAAAGGUUUAGAGAACAGUAGGGAGAAAAUAUGUUCUGGUCAGGGUUUAACUUUUGAAAUUUAAAGCGUGCUACAGAUAGUAGUUUUGUUUACAGUAUUCAGCUUUCUACCUAUUUGUUCAAACGUGUAACAUGCAAGUUUGUGUGCACACCGUCACAUUACCGUGUUUAUGUUUCUGCAUGUACAUACUACCUAUUAUCAAGGUUUAUUUUCUGCCAAAUCCUGUUUAAUGUAGUUUGUGAAGUCUUCUCAUACGUUCAAAUUAAAGCCAAUGCUUGACAGUGCGGAUUUCCCACAGCUGUGAAUGGAGAAGCAAGACAGUUUGUCC